UGGCAAUAACGUGUGCUCUGACAACAACAGACUGUCUGACUGGUGAUGGGAGGAGAAGAAGCUGCAGGCUCAUUCCUUAGCUAACUACUUAACUAAGUAACGGCGGAACAUUAAUACGGAUAACAAAGCGACAACGUCGUCUCGUGUGAGCGCGGCCUCUCUUAAAUUCAGAGAACCGUGUAAACUACACUUAUUGAGCACAGCUUCACGAGCCAGCGUCGCUCCUCCUCAGAGCUAGCCUUCCGAGCUAUCACACUGGAGACAACUUUACCGAGAUAACGGACGUGUCUCGCUCCCUACCUUUGCCAACACGUAGCUUGUCAUGACUUGCCCGAGUCAUGGGUCGUAGGCUCUCUGAUUGUUAGAACAUCGCCAGUGUUUGCUGCGUUGACCCGGGGUCGCGUGUCCCGUAAUGGACGCAUCAGCUGGGGACCGAGAGCCUGGGACCCUGCCGGACAACGCAAAGGAAGACAGCAGUGGCCUUGCCUGCGCAGGGGAGAGCAGCAGACACGACUCCGUGUGCACGGGGGCCAGUGAGAUCAAGAGCCGUGCUGUGGUCAAGUACUCCGCGGCCCCGCCUCCUGCCAGCUAUGCCCUCCUGCAGGAGAAGACCGACCUCAAGCUGCCUCCUGCCAACUGGUUGAGAGAACACCCUCAGCUGGGCAGCGCCGGCACCACCGUGUUGGGGUCCAGCAGCAAGAGCAAGCCCUUUUCCAGUUUCGGGAUGGCUUAUGAAUUCAUUGACUGCAUCGGAGAUGACGUUGACGUGGUAUCGGACUCUGAGAACAUCAAGAAGCUUUUGAAAAUUCCCUACAGCAAGUCGCACGUCAGUAUGGCCGUUCACCGCGUGGGGAGGACGUUGCUUUUGGAUGAGCUGGACAUUCAAGAGCUCUUCAUGCGAUCCUCUCAGACAGGAGAUUGGACGUGGCUAAAAGAGUUUUACCAGCGACUAAUAGACCAAAAGUGGCAGAGGAAAAAGAAGAGUAAAGAACACUGGUAUCAGAAAGCCAUUCUGUCAAAGUUCCUCUACUACAGUAUUAAUGGUGAUGGGGCUGCAGAGCCUGUACCAGACAACCCAAAUGAAGAGGAGGAGGAGGAGGAGGAGAAUGAGGCAGAGGAGUACAGCUCUUCAUGGCCCACUGCCUUCACCAGUGCAGCGUUUGAUACCGAAGAAUCAGAUGCUCCCAAGCAGGAAAGUGUUUCUAUGGACAGCAAGUUUGGUCUGGGCCAGGUGACUUCUGUCCCCAAAGAGCAAAACCUCCCGAUGCUCUUCGACGAAGGGGAGAACAGCCAGGGCUUAAGAAACGACUUUGUGCGAAACAUAAUGUGGACGUUUGAAGAUAUCCACAUGUUGGUUGGGUCCAACAUGCCUAUUUUCGGAGGUGGUCGCUAUCCUGCCGUCAGUCUGAGACUCAGGGACAACAAUAAACCAAUCAACAUUCUAACGGGUAUUGACUACUGGCUCGACAAUCUGAUGUGUAAUGUCCCAGAGCUUGUCAUGUGCUUUCACGUCAAUGGCAUUGUUCAGAAAUAUGAGAUGAUAAAAACAGAAGACAUCCCUCAUCUGGAGAAUUCAAAUUUCUCCACAAGGGUGGUAAAAGACAUCGCCCAAAAUAUCCUCUCGUUCCUCAAGUCCAACUGCACCAAAGAGGGUCACACAUACUGGCUCUUCAAAGCUAGUGGGAGUGACAUUGUGAAGCUUUAUGAUCUUACUACUCUGUGUGAGGAGGCAGAAGAGGAGAAAUGUCAGAAUCCCUUCACUCUCCCCGUGGCGGUGUUACUAUACAGAGUUGCCAGCAACUUGAUGCUGAAGGCGAGGCAAAACAGAAAGCACUACGGCACAAUCAGAACUCUGCUCUUAAACUGUGUCAAACUUCUGGAUGAGGAGAGGCACCCCCAAAUCAUGGCCUCCGCCCACUACAUGCUGUCAGAGCUGUUCCAGCUCGACGAGCCUCCGGAAGAAGAUGAAGGGGAGUCGCUUCGGGGCGGCGGAUCAGAGGACAGCUACAGCGACGAAGAUAGGGAGGAAGAGGAGGAGCUGACUGAGGACAGCGAUGAGAACGGCUCCUACAGCUCCUUCUCCAGCCCACAGGAUGAUAGUAAAGCUGUGGCUGUGAUCCGCUCCGUAGGGGAGCUGUCGGUCCCGGAGAAAUACAAAUCCACUCACCAGAUCAGACCAAGCGGUGCCUUCCCUGUUUCUCAAGACAAGGAGGAGAGAUGCAGACACGUCCUGAGCUAUGCGCUGAAGGGGCUGAAGGCAGUGGAUGGCACCAUCAAGAAGGAGAGUGAUCUCCCAGCCGCAGACCCCAACACACCCAUUCCUCUUAAAUACGAGGACAGAAGUGCAAUCGGAGCCUGCGCUGCUGAGCAAGGCAUCUCUCUUCUUCUGGAAAGGGCGAGGCCGUUGCAGGCGGAUGAGAAGCACCCAUCUCGCUCUGGGAUGAUACCCGGCUCGUGGCAGCACCGCAUGAAGCUGCAGCUCUUCCUCAAAGCGUCCAAGGCCUACUACGUCCUGUCUGAUGCAGCCAGCAACUUGCUGAAGUACGGGCGAGCCCUGCGCUACAUCAAGCUAUCUCUGCAGUGUUACGAUGCCUAUUGUUCAGUGAGCGGUGCACUGCACCCACACGUGCUGCAGUUUCACAGCCAGUGCCUGUCUCUGUGUGGGGACAUCCAGCUGAUGCUGGCCCAGAAUGCCAACAACAGAGCCGCUUACCUGGAGGAAUACAGCUACCAGACCAAAGAGGACCAGGAGAUCCUGCACAGCCUGCACAGAGAGAGCAGCUGCCAGGCCUUUAAUAUGGCAACAGACCUGGCCAUGGACCCGGAGUACCAGCUAUUUGUUAGUAGUAAGUGCUAUGAAGCAGCAUAUGAACUGGUCAUCUCAGAGGCUUUGAAAGAUCAGAUGGCUCAGGUCCUUAAAAGGCUGGGAAACAUCCGCAACGAGAUGGGAGUCUACUACAUGAACCAGGCUGCAGCCAUGCAGACUGAGAAAGAAGUGAAGAAGUCUGUGUCCGUGGCAGAGCAGGAGAUGUGGAAAAAGAGUUUUGCAUUCUUUGAGAAAGGCAUGAAGGACUUUGAAGCCAUUGGGGACAGCACCAACACCGCCCUGCUGCUGUGUAAUACCGGCAGGCUGAUGAGAAUCUGUGCUCAGGCCCACUGUGCCGUGUCCGCCGACCAGAGCCGAGGAGAGUUCUCGCCUGAAGAGGCCCUCUACUACAACAAGGCCAUCGUCUACUAUUCGAGGGCUAUAAAGUCACUGGCAAGCCGAAAGAACCACCCAGUGGUGUGGGACAGCGUAAACUGGGAGCUGUCCACUACCUAUUUCACCCUGGCUACACUGCUGCAGGACUACGCCCCGCUGUCCAGGAAGGCCCAGGAGCAGAUUGAGCGUGAGGUGACGGAGGCGAUGAUGAAGUCCCUGAAGUACUGUGACCUGCAGACUGAGUCGGCUCGUCAGCCGCUCUACCAGUACAGAGCUGCCACCAUCCACCACCGCCUGGCCUCGAUGUACCACAGCUGCUUCCGCAACCAGGUGGGAGAUGAACACUUGAGGAAGCAGCAUCGCAGCCUGGCAGAGCUUCACUACAGCAAGGCGGUCUGUUUGUUCCUCAGCCUCAAAGAUGCACCGUGUGAGCUGCUCCGCACGCUCCUGGAGAGGGUGGCCUUUGCUGAGUUCACCAUGGCAGGUCAGAGUAGCAAUGCAGCCAAGCUGAAGAGCCUGACUGGAGCAGUAGAGAUCAUGGCAGAAACUCGCUGUGCUUUCCAGCUGAUUCAUAACGAGCUGCUGGAGGAGCAGAUAGAGUUGAGUGAAGCAGACGCAGCUGAGUCUGCAGAGCCUCCUGAUGUGGUCCGUGGCUCCACCUCAGGGCUCAACCUCCAGGAAGUGAUGAAGCUGAUUGGGGUGUUUGAGCCGAGUUUCUCCUUCCUGCUGCUGCAGCUGAUCAAACUGAUGACGACGAUGAAACGGAAGCCGAGCAAUAAGGACGAGGAGCUGUUGAAAACCUAUAAGAAUGUGUAUUCCAAGCUGCUGCGAGCCGAGAAAAACGCACCUCUCCUCAGCCGCGUCAAGCUCCACAUAGAGCUCCUGCAGCAGCUGACCCCACAAACAGGAAGUGACGACACGCAUUCAUGAUGACGACAUCAACCAGAGCAAGGUAGACACUCAAGACCUUAACUCCUCCCCAAGACCCCGCUCAGGGAAGACUUGCCAGACUUGACAACUGUCUUCUCAAAAAAUGCUGUGACGGAAAACGACGAUUUGGAGACACCAUUAUCAACAUGCUCAGGCAACACCGUCUUACUUUAAAUUACAGUUCGACAGCUACUUUCACCUUUUGCGCCUAUUUUUAAAAUGAGCUCAUCUUUUUCUAACAUUUGCACCACAGGUUUUUGAAUUGUAAAUUUUUGUGAAAAGUAAAUUCAAAGAUAUUAUUUAAUUUUCUUAUUGCUUAAGCAGUUAUGGGUCACAUGUAAAGCUCUUAUGUCUAGGAUGUGUUGAUCAUCACCUAGAUUGCCUCAUUUUUUCUACAAAACUAAAAACAUACGACAUAAGAUUUUGAAGAAUCACACAUCAAAAGAGUUAUGUCCUUUCCAAACUGUUGGCAACAUUUAAUGCAAACUCAGAGUUUAGUUUGUCCACAUGGCUGUAUGUAUAAAUAUAAGUUUAUAUCAGCAUGGUUUGCUGUGACUUGAAAAUAAAAAGUUUUUAAAUUUU